AUGAUUAAGGAUGCGAUCGUGACGCUUAAGGACCGGACUGGUUCCAGCCAGCCCGCCAUCGCGAAGUUCAUCGAGGACAAACAGAAGAACCUGCCGGCCAAUUUCGGGAAAGUCCUGCUCCUUCAGCUGAAGAAGCUCGUGGCCAACGACAAACUCGUGAAGGUAAAGUGCUCCUUCAAGCUUCCGGCCGCUCGCCCGGCCAAGCCAUCCUCGCUGGCGAAGAAAAAUAUGAAGUCUGAUACCGGCGCCAAGGAGAAGAAGGCAGCUGUCUUCAAACCCAAGCCGAAAGCGAAACCCAAAGCUAAGCCGGUUGCGAAGGCCAAGGCCGUGACAAAGAGGAAGGCGCCGGUAAGCAAGAAGGCUGAGAAGAAGCCACCGGUCAUGGCGGCGAAGACGUCAACUAAGUCGACUAACGUUGUGCCUCUGCCAAACUAUCAAGCUGAAACUCUCCGACUGCAAAUGGAAGAUUUUAAGCGCAGGAUGUUUAAUGUCAGAGAGUUAUGGGAUAUGGAUUCGAUGUCAGCUCCUGUAGACCCGAAUGACCCUCUUAUGGGCCCUCUUCUGGCCAGAUAUUCGAACGAGAAUGUAGCCCGAUCUGCAUUGCAACACUACAACAAUAAACAUGGAACUUGUUUGGAGUUUGUGAGGUGUCUGGACGAGAAAGUAGAAGAAUUGGAGGGACCUGGGUUUGGAAGGUGCUUUAUAGAUAUUGAUGAUCUUUGGAGGCAUUUCAACUUUGAGGCCAGGCGGCCGGAUGCUGGUCCCAACGAUGAACCACUUCUUUUGUUUGCCGAAGUACGUUCAAGUACAGAAGGGUUUGAGCUCACCACAUUAUCACUCGUGGGACCUACAGAUGGAGUGUAUGGUUGCCGGCAUUGUCUUUCUUCCAUAAAUCACCCGCGACGUGGAUUUCGUGCUGGUUUUGACGCUACAGUGGAUAGCAAUCCUAAGUUACUGCCUGCAGAUGCUGCUGCUAAAUUGGCUGAAUUUGCUUUACAGGAUUAUAUUGCGAAACAAACCAAGGAAAUAAGCUUGAAGUUUGAAAGGGCUAUUGAAGGCAAUGGUUUUACGAGCACAGGUGUAUUGAUGGACUUCACUGAAAAGAGGACACAUUGGGUGCAUUUGAACUUUGAGGCAAGGGUGGACCCCAAGGAGGACGAAGUGCUCCUUUUUUUUGCCGAACUCUAUUUAGAGGAUGGCAGUGAUGAUAAGUAUGUGCUUGCUACAUUAUCACCCGCUGAGGCCACUUGGAUGCAGAAUUGGAUGCAGGAGGAGGAGGUGGACAUAG